CAUUACAUACUACAACUAACAGUCCAACUACUAGUUCAACAUCAUAUACUACAACUAACAGUCCAACUACUAGUUCAACAUCAUAUACUACAAUUAAAACUCCAACUACUAGUUUCAUGACAGGUAGGACAACUCCCGAGCCAACUGUCCCACCACCUGAGAUGACCUUAAAAAUACCAGAUUGGGAGAACGAAACAAAUGGCCAACCACAGACAAACACAGUUCAAGUUGACCCCCAAAAGGCAGCAAAAAACUUGGAAAAAGUAGAGUCACUGGUGGAGCAAAUGGAAAUAAGCAAUAAAACCAAUGCGGCGAUUGUCAACGGGGAUGUUAUUGGCGUUCUCCAAAGACAACCCAAUGACAAGCCAACCAAAGACAUCAACAUAUGCUACUCUUCGAACCAGAACAUGAUAAACGUUGUUGAGAGCAACCAGGCUGGUUAUCCCUGGUCUGUAAAGAUUCCCAGAGAAGCCUUUAAUAAAUCACGUCAAGAAAACAAUGGAAGUGCAUUUGUUGGAGUUUUACGAUUUAAAAACAUGGGAAAUAAGGAUAAAACUUACACUGUUUUGGGCAAUGAGUGCUAUGGAAUAACGAUGGGUGCCAACAUCUCCAACCUUACAGACAAUAUUGACAUGACCAUUAAAAAGAAAGAUAAUCUGGUUGGAAAUGUGUCCUGCGUUUCUUGGGAUGGCAAAGGAGAGCUUAAUUGGACAACGUUCGGCUGUGAGACAAUAAUCGAAGACAAGACCAUAAAGUGUUCCUGCUCACAUCUGACGUUCUUUGCAGUGCUGAUGUCUCUGCCAGGCAAUCCAUCUUCGGAUCUGGAAACAUUGACCUUAAUUUCUUCUAUCGGCUGUGGCAUCUCCAUUUUUUUCCUGUCCAUCGGUUUAUUCAUGCAUUUCCUGCUACGAAAAGCCAAGUCAAAUCAGGCCACAAAGAUCCUGAUGAACAUGUUUGUAGCUUUGUUUCUACUGAAUAUCUCGUUUUUGUCAAACGAGAGCGUCGCUAACACAGGAGACAACGCUGCGUGUGUCUUCAUAGCGCUGCUCCUGCAUUACUCCAUGCUGGCCUCAUUCACCUGGUUCUUCAUUCAAGCUCUUCAUAUGUACUUAUGGCUCAUCAGACAGAACGUCACCAUCACAAACUACAUGAGGAAGAUCACCGUGUUGGGCUGGGUGUGUGCCGCUCCGAUAGUUGUAGCUAUUGCUUCUGGAGGAGAAUAUGAAGCAGUGACCCUAAAUACUACAUCUGGAAAAAUCGCACGAAUGUGCUGGACUACAAAUCCUUAUAUUCACUACAUAGUGAACAUUGGCUACUACGCUUUAGUUUUCAUCUUCACGACAGGAAUCUUCAUCAUGAUCGUCACUAAGGUCCUUCAGGCCAGAAAAAUAAAAGCUGUUGAUGGCAAGAGAAAGACGUUCAGAAAGCAGCUGAUGAUGGUGUUGAGUUUGUUCCUGCUCUUCGGUCUGACGUGGUCUGUGGCAUUCUUCAGUUAUGGACCAAUGCGCAUUACCUCAUAUUACAUAUUCACUGUGCUGAACUCAUUACAGGGGUUCUUCCUCUUCCUGUAUUACUACCACAUUCACAAUGAUGUCGCGGGUCAGUUCUCUGAUGAUCCAGAAAACACUGACUCCAACACAGUCAUUGCUCAAUCCAGCAUUACUGCUGUGGAAAAUAUUUAUCACUAGUAUAAUUAGGACAGAAGGUCUUCUUUGUAUCAGAUUGAUGUCUUAAACUGAUUUGUCGUUGUUUAAGGGAAAACUGUGUAUUCUCACUAAAACCAAGCUCACAAACAAUAAAAAGACAAAAGUAACUUAUGAAAAAGAAAGAAUAGUUUAAAAUGAUGCAUGCACAUCCUAAAAUAAUACAUUUUAGUGAAAAAACUCAAAAUAAUUGACUGACAAUUGUUACUGAAACUUUAUUAUUGUAGAAGAAUUAAAUGUGAUAUAACCUGAUAUUCCUGAUGUUCAAUUUAUUGAGAGUUAUAAUCAUCAUUCUGUCCUCUAUAUGUGAUCAUGUGCAUUUCAGAAAGUCUCAACCAAGACUAAGUUUCUUUUACGAAACAAAUUUGCAUCUUCGAUCUUUAUUAGAUAUAGCAGCUUGCUACAAUCUACACACAUG